AUGGCGUCUUUAAAGUUGUUCUUCUUCCUCGUAUUCCUCCGCAUAUCCUUUCUUCCACCAGUUUUGACAGUCGACGAUGAACUCUGCGACCCGGUUUUAUGCGACGUUGUAUUAGUUGAUUACCCUUUCCGGCUAACAAAUCAACCCCACUGCUGCGGGGAUCCCAACUUCAACCUCUCGAUAUCAUGCAUAAACGGAGACCAAUUGCCAGCAAAAACGAUAAUCAAUCUUCCACUUUCCGGUGAGUUCACGGUGGACUCCAUCGAUUAUUGGUCUACUCCUCCGUAUGUAGAGAUGAGUGACUCUUGCAUGCCGGAACGUAUCCUUGAGGGACUCGAUCUUUCCAAUACUCCUUUUCAGCCACUGUACCCUGACAACUUCACGUUUUUCAACUGUUCCUCCGACUCCGAUGCGUCGGAAGGCUUUCCGGCAAUACGUUUUUAUUGCCUUAGUGGUAAGAACUUUUCGGUUUGGGGUAUACCCUCAGUCGCUUACAAUCAGUCUUCUUCCGGGUUGAGUUUGUGUGUACAGAUAGCAAAGAUUUUGGUGCCCCUUCCCACUUCAUUUUUGCCCCAGCACAAUCUUACUUCUGUUGCGUUGACAUGGGAACAACCCUAUUGCCCCUUUCCACCAUGUAAUCACUGUGGAAGUGAUUGCCAGCCCGAAAAUGGCGAUGAUGAAUGCUCCGUGAAGAAAAGAGGUCUUUCAAACCGUAUCAGAUAUUCAUUGAUUUUGGCCGUGGGAACACCCGUCAUCUUGAUUGGGGUGUGUAUUACCAUUUACAAGCUUAGGGUCUCUUUAUAUUAUCAUCACAGCCGGCCAAAUGUCGAAAUCGCCGGCUUGAAUGCAGAGCCCCGAUUACCUGCGGCUGUUGCUGUAAAUGGUCUGGAUUGUUCAAGGAUCGAGUCGUAUCCGAUGAAUAUGCUGGGUGAAAAAUUCAAGCUUCCAAGGGCUGAUGAUAACACUUGUUCAAUAUGCUUAUCGGAAUAUCAAGCCAAAGAGACGAUCAGAACAAUACCCGAUUGCGAUCACUACUUUCAUUCUCGUUGUAUCGACGAGUGGCUUAUGUUAAAUGCUGCUUGCCCUAUAUGUCGUAAUAUGCCAGAUGAUGACAAUGAUCAUUUAAUCACUCCUUUUACAUUGUCUUCAUCGAAUUAA